GCUGCGCCGGCCAUUGCAGACGUAACGGUCCGGCCCCGCCGGGCCCUGCAGGAGCCUGCGAUGGGGGCGCCGGGGUCGGCGGAGCCGCUACGCUCCGAGCUGUGGGUGAAGCAGCAGCGCUGCGCCGUGAGCCUGGAGCCCGCGCGCGCCCUGCUGCGCUGGUGGCGGAGCCCAGGGUCCGGGGCGGAUGCCUGCUCAGUGCCCGUGUCUGAGAUCAUCACGGUGGAGGAGACUGAGGCUCAGGGGAAGCACUACGCCACUGGCCGCUGGCAGAGGAUGGAGAAGCCUUUUUCAUUCACAGUGCACUGUGUGAAGCGUGCCCGGCAUCACCGCUGGAAGUGGGCGCAGGUAACCUUCUGGAGCUCGGACGAGCAGCUGUGUCACAGAUGGCUGCAGACGCUGCGGGAGCUGCUGGCGAGGCUGACAUGCAGACCAAAGCACUUACUGGUAUUCAUCAACCCCUUUGGAGGGAAGGGACAAGGCAAGCGGAUAUACGAGAGGAAAGUGGCGCCACUGUUCUCACUGGCUUCCAUCACCACCGACAUCGUUGUCACUGAACACGCCAACCAAGCCAAGGAGACGCUGUAUGAGAUCGACUUGGACAAGUAUGAUGGCCUCGUCUGUGUCGGCGGUGAUGGCAUGUUCAGCGAGGUGCUGCACGGUCUAAUUGGGAGGACCCAGAGAAACGCUGGCGUGGACCAGAACCACCCCCGGGCCACGCUGGUCCCCAGCCCCCUGAGGAUCGGCAUCAUUCCCGCAGGGUCAACGGACUGUGUGUGCUAUUCCACCGUGGGCACAAAUGACGCGGAGACCUCAGCCCUGCACAUCAUCGUCGGGGACUCGCUGCCCAUGGACGUGUCCUCGGUACACCACAACAGCACGCUGCUGCGGUACUCAGUGUCCCUGCUGGGCUACGGCUUCUACGGGGACUUAAUCAAGGACAGCGAGAAGAAGCGGUGGAUGGGGCUGGCUAGGUACGACUUUGCAGGUGUCAAGACCUUCCUGUCACAUCACUACUACGAGGGGACAGUGUCCUUCCUGCCUGCGCAGCACACUGUGGGUUCCCCGAGGGACAGGAAGCCCUGCCGGGCGGGAUGUUUUGUGUGCAGACAGAGCAAGCGCCAGCUGGAGGAGGAGCAGAAGAAGGCACUGUACGGCUUGGAAAACACUGAGGUGGAGGAGUGGCAGGUCAUCUGUGGGAAGUUUCUGGCCAUCAAUGCCACGAACAUGUCCUGUGCAUGUCCCCGGAGUCCCAGGGGCCUGUCCCCAGCUGCCCACCUAGGAGACGGGUCUUCCGACCUCAUCCUCAUCCGGAAGUGCUCCCGGUUUGACUUCCUGAGGUUCCUUGUCCGACACACAAACCAGUGCGAUCAGUUUGACUUCAGUUUUGUUGAAGUUUAUCGGGUCAAGAGAUUCCAGUUCACCUCGAAGCACGUGGAGGACGAGGACAGUGACCUCACGGAGCGGGGGAAGCAGCGGUUUGGGCAGAUCUGCAUCGACAACCCCUCGUGCUGCUGCCCGGCCAGCGGCAGCUCCUGGAACUGUGACGGGGAGGUGCUGCACAGCCCCUCCAUCGAGGUCAGGGUCCACUGCCAGCUGGUCCAACUCUUCGCCCGAGGAAUUGAGGAGAACCCUAAGCAGGAGCCACACAGCUGAGGAGCCACUGCACAUCAUGGGAAGUGUGAAAAUUAUCUCAGAAAAUUACUACAGACCAAUUAUGUGGAUAUAUACAUUUACAUUUAGAAAUUUAUUUUUGAUAGAUAAAUCUUGGUUUUAGGAAAAAUACCUUUGUCAGUAGUUUUGUCCACACAUCUGUCAUCUGAAGUUUCUGGGAAUCUGAGCUGCAUCUCCCAUUGUUCUCUGCAGAUGAAACUUGCUGAUUUGGGGGCAUUGGCUUCUUAGAUUUUAACAGUCCCAACAAUGCGGGUCAAAAACAGCCCUUUAGUGGAUCUGUUGCAAUAAUUUUAGAGACAUCAUCAUAUGAGCACUUUCCAAAAAUCAGGUCACCCCAUCUGGACACAAGGUAACUACUUCGUCAUUCUGAUCCACUCUGCAGAACUUUUUCCUGGAACUGUUUGUGAGCACGUUUUGGCAAGUUGGUGAUUCUCCUUGGCUUCGUCUUAACAUCCAUCCUCAUUGUGAUCAGAAUGUUGCUAUGCGAUCCUCGCUGUACGGUGCAGCCCUGAUGCAGUGUAGUCUUGCUUACCAUGGCGUGAGAGGCCUGCCACUGAGAAGCACUGGGUAACCUGAUCUGUAGGAUCUCUGUGCCAGCUUCCACCACAGUGGCAGCGGCAGCAUCAGCGUGUGCAUGAUGAUCCAUUGGGGAGCAGCUGAGUAUGUUCUGCUCCCCAAGGCAGAGGAUCCGCAAAGGGGCAGUGUGUCCAGCAGGCUGAACCCCAAUGCUUCAUGUUGACAGUAUGGUUAACACAGCUGGGCUGUGUGGGCGAACACAAUGCAGCUGGCUUUGGACAGGUAAGAAAUUCACAGAGGGUGAAGUCUGUGGACUUCACGCUGAAGGCCCCGCCCUAGUGCGGGUAUGGGGGUGUCCCCAAUUCCAGCAGGGCUGCUUUGGCACAGGCCCUGAGUUUUGUUUUGUUUUGUUUGGUACUGGGGAUCGAACUCGGGACCUUGUGCUUGCGAGGCAGGCGCCGGAACCACUGAGCUAAAUCCCCGGCCCUGAGUUUUGACUUCUAUUUAUUUAUUGGAAGUUUUAUCCUCAUCAAUCUGAAAUGGUGUUAUUGCUUUGUCUCUGGGCCCCAGGGGACAGUUGCUUCCUGCUCAGCCUGGGUAGUGACCAGGGCCUCCUGGCAGGCAUCCUGCAGUGGGAGGUGGUCCUCAGCUGGGUGGCCAUCUUUACUCUGUUUUCAGAUUGCAUGUCUGAUAAUACAUAUGUAAAACAGUUUUAUUUGAAAUACAAGAGUGUGCAGCUUAAGCUUGACCUGUGCCGGCAGUGGCUGUCACCAAGUAGGGCCUUACACAGAUCACUGUAGGUUGAGAGCCCACACAGGGUCCCUUAGUCGCUGUAGCACUUGACAAACAGCAGCUAUUUUUAGAAUUUCUUGCAUCGAUUUAUAUCUUAAAAGCAUAUAUAAAGUUUCCUGUUUUCAUCAUUCAGUCCUACCCAGACAAAAAGGCAGCUUUCAAGGUGGCUUUUAAGUGGACCACGUUUUCAGAGGUAAUACUAUGUCGGAUGGUUUAAGAAUUGAUGGUUGAGGGCCGGGGAUGUAGCUCAGUGGUGCUGCUGCCUGCCUUGCAAGCACAAGGUUCUGAGUUCGAUCCCCGGUUCCAAAAAAAAAGAAUUGAUGGUUGAGUGAAAAAUCUUGGGAGAAAGAGUAAACACCCCAACCUUUUCCGUUCAUGUUUGUCCCUGCUUGGGAAGAAACUGAGUGUCAGGCUGGCGGUUCUCUGAGAGAAAGGGGCUGCCUGUGACCUCUGUGCCAGUGGCCCAGCAGGUCUGGAGCACACUCAGGGCACAAUGCUCCUGGAGUCCUGCCUGGGGUGACAGCCUGGCUCCUGCUACCCUUGGGCCCUCCCAGAAUCCCUGGCAACCUCAGACAAAAGGACCCAGGGGGAAGACACUUUGGAGCUGGAGGUGACAUUCAAAAUCCCAAGUUACUAUCUGAAUUGUUUUGGGCUCCUGGUGAGGUCUGAGGCAGAGCCCGAGGAUGGAGCUUGGGCUGACAUUCCUGAACUGUCAGCUGGGGUCUGCCUGAGGCCUCGGGGGGUGGCAACUGCAACCCCGUGCGUAGGGGUUUAGAGAAGUCACAAGCACUGACUUGGGGUAGAGCAGGGUCGCUUGGCGGGCAGUCAGUGUGCAGACUCUGCAGUGAGGCAGUGAGCGGUGCUGAACACCGGCUCCAGUACCGGACACGCUGGGGAGAGCAGGGCUUGGUGUCUUAAUCUUGCUGGUUUCAAGAUUAGAAAAUGAUGUAUUUGCUCUGAUACGUUUGAGAAGACAAAAAUAAAGUUACUUUGGGCAGAA